CCAAAACCCUAAUCUCUCCCAUUUCUCUAUAUCAUCAGCCAGCCGCUAGCAGAACAAGACUAAGAACCAACAAUGGUGUCAGGCUCAGGAAUUUGCGCUAAGCGAAUAGUCGUGGACGCAAGGCACCACAUGCUCGGUCGGCUAUCGUCGAUCAUAGCUAAGGAGCUUUUGAAUGGCCAGAAGGUUGUGGUGGUCCGGUGCGAGGAGAUUUGCCUCUCCGGUGGUUUGGUUAGGCAGAAGAUGAAGUACUUGAGAUUCUUGCGGAAGCGUAUGAAUACUAAGCCUUCUCAUGGCCCUAUUCAUUUCCGUGCUCCUGCUAAGAUCUUGUGGCGCACUAUCCGUGGGAUGAUUCCCCACAAGACCAAGCGGGGAGAGGCUGCUCUUGCUCGAUUGAAGGUGUAUGAGGGUGUUCCACCUCCAUAUGAUAAAAUCAAGAGAAUGGUUAUCCCUGAUGCUCUCAAGGUAUUGAGGCUUCAAGCGGGACACAAAUACUGUUUGUUGGGCAGACUAUCUUCUGAGGUCGGAUGGAACCAUUAUGAGACCAUCAAGGAACUUGAGGCAAAGAGAAAAGAGAGGUCUCAAGUGGCCUAUGAGAGGAAGAAGCAAUUGACAAAGCUAAGGAUUAAAGCCGAGAAGAGUGCAGAGGAGAAGCUUGGUGCUCAGCUAGACGUUAUUGCACCUAUCAAAUAUUGAUUUUAAAAGAAGGUUUCUUUUUUCAAGUGUUGUUUGCAGCUAAAUUCUGUUUCUUUAUUAAGAAUCAUUCUGUUUUUGAGUUGGAUUAAUUUUGUGGUAGUUUUUACAUUAAUUAUUGUCAUUCCAUA